CAAGCAAAAGCAUCAUCACCAACAACACAUCUGCUAUCAUCCGCCUCACGUAAUGGCCAAGUCUAAGAACUCGUCUCAGCAUAACAACAGCGCGAAAGCGCACAGGAAUGGUAUCAAGAAACCAAAGACCUAUAGAUAUCCUUCCUUGAAGGGAACCGAUCCUAAAUUCCGAAGGAACCACAGACAUGCUCUUCACGGAACUAUGAACGCCUUGAAAGAGCUCAAGGAGGGAAAACGCGAGACCGCCUAAACACAUCUUACGGUCCGACUCUCUUUCAGGUUUUUUUUUUUUCGGGCGGAGUUUAGUAAUUGACUUGGCUGGGGUAUGGCAUGACGGAUUAAUGGUGGACGCGACCUUAGAAUGUCAAACAUUUCCCGCGCA